AUGGAAAAUCGCUCCUUUGAUCACAUGCUCGGAUGGUUAAAGAACCGGCCUGAUAUCGAUGGUCUUAGCGGCUCCGAAUUCAACCGGGUCAACGCCUCUGACUCCGGCUCUCCUCCUGUAUACGUUUCGGACGAAGCAUUUUUUAUUGACUCGGACCCGGGUCACUCGAUUCAAGCUAUCCGGGAACAGAUAUUCGGGUCAAAUGACACGUCGGCAAACCCGGCGCCGAUGAACGGUUUUGUGCAGCAGGCGGAGGCUAUGGGGGUUGACGGAAUGUCCAAAAACGUUAUGAGUGGGUUCAAACCAGAUCUGGUACCGGUUUAUUCUGAGUUGGCGAACGAGUUCACAGUCAUGGAUAGGUGGUUUGCCUCGGUGCCUGCUUCGACUCAGCCCAACCGUUUCUACGUCCACUCCGCCACCUCCCACGGCGCCUCAAGUAACGUUAGGAAAGAUCUUAUCAAUGGAUUUCCGCAAAAGACUAUUUUUGACUCUUUAGAUGAGAAUGAUCUAACUUUUGGGAUUUAUUAUCAAAAUAUACCUGCUACUCUUUUCUUCAAAAGCUUGAGGAAGCUCAAGAACAUCGUCAAAUUCCAUAACUAUGCGUUAAAAUUCAAAUUGCACGCCAAGAGGGGGAAGCUCCCCAACUACGUUGUGAUCGAGCAACGGUACUUUGAUGUCAGUCUAUUCCCAGCAAACGAUGAUCAUCCAUCGCAUGAUGUAGCGAGAGGACAGAAGUUUGUGAAGGAGGUUUAUGAGACGCUUAGGGCGAGUCCACAGUGGAAGGAGAUGGCUCUUUUGAUCACUUAUGAUGAGCAUGGCGGGUUUUACGAUCAUGUGCCGACGCCGGUUUCUGGGGUGCCCAAUCCUGAUGGGAUAAUCGGCCCUCCUCCCUUCUAUUUCAACUUUGAGAGGCUUGGUGUGCGCGUACCCACUCUAUUGAUUUCUCCCUGGGUUGACAAGGGAACCGUGAUCCAUGAACCAAGUGGACCAACACCGUCUUCUCAAUAUGAACACUCUUCAAUACCUGCAACUGUGAAGAAGCUUUUCAAUCUUCCAUCAAAUUUCUUGACUAAAAGGGAUGCAUGGGCUGGAACCUUUGAGAACUACUUCUACCUACGAGAUACCCCACGUGAUGACUGUCCAGAGAAGCUCCCAGAGGUUACGACGACAUUAAGGCCAUGGGGACCAAAGGAAGAUGUUAAACUUUCCGAAUUUCAAAUUGAACUGAUUCAACUUGCAUCACAGCUCAAUGGUGACCAUGUCCUCAACACCUAUCCUCAUAUCGGGAAAAUGAUGACAGUGGGUGAGGCCAAUCGCUAUGCUGAGGAUGCUGUUGAAAGGUUCUUGGAAGCUGGAAGGACAGCUUUGAUGGCUGGAGCAAACGAGUCUGCUCUGGUUACCAUGAGACCCUCCCUUUCUACCCGAACCUCAGGGGAUGAUUCAAGUGGCAAAUAUGAAGCCUACUGA